AUGGCUGCCAGACUUGGACUUACUAAAGAGUCCCUGAAAGCCGUUGUGUCUAGUGGCUUCAGGAGUUAUGACCAAAACGGCAUUUUGAUUAAAGAAUCAAGAAUCGACUGCCUCCGAGGCUUCGGUUCCGAGUGGUGGAUGGUCCAUCGGCAGGAUCUCAAAGAUGCUUUGCUAAGAGCGGCAACAAGCCCUGAUCUGGGUCUAUCUGGCUACCCUGCCAAGAUUGUUUACAACUCUCGCGUUGUGGAAGUUGACUCUCAAGAUCGAGCUGUAAUCUUUGAAGAUGGGUCCGAGAUCAAGGCGGAUCUGAUCAUUGGUGCGGACGGCAUUCAUUCGAAAGUUUACCAUUAG